CCUUCCCGGCCCCGCCCCCGGACGGCUCUUGGCGCCAAAAUCAAAGCCGCCCCUGUGUCGGCGCGCAGGCAUCCCGCGGCUGGAGGCCGGGUCCCCACCAUGUCAAAGAAGAAAGGACUGAGUGCAGAAGAAAAGAGAACCCGCAUGAUGGAGAUAUUUUUUGAGACAAAAGAUGUAUUUCAGUUAAAAGACUUGGAGAAGAUUGCUCCCAAAGAGAAAGGCAUUACCGCCAUGUCAGUGAAGGAAGUCGUCCAAAGCUUAGUUGACGACGGCAUGGUUGACUGCGAGAGGAUCGGAACGUCCAAUUACUACUGGGCCUUUCCAAGUAAGGCUCUUCAUGCAAGGAAACGCAAGUUGGAGGUUCUGGAGUCUCAGUUGUCUGAAGGAAGCCAAAAGCAUGCAAACUUACAGAAGAGCAUCGAGAAAGCUAAAAUUGGUCGGCAAGACACAGAGGAGCGAGCCAUGCUGGUGAAAGAACUUUCUUCAUUCCGGGAACAAAGGGAACAGCUUAAGGCUGAAGUAGAAAAAUACAAAGAAUGUGACCCACAGGUCGUGGAGGAGAUCCGUGAAGCAAAUAAAGUAGCCAAGGAAGCUGCGAACCGAUGGACGGAUAAUAUAUUUGCAAUAAGAUCCUGGGCCAAAAGAAAAUUUGGGUUUGAAGAAAAUAAAAUUGAUAAAAAUUUUGGAAUUCCCGAAGACUUUGACUACGUAGACUAACAUGUUUGGUGGUGGUCCGGGAUGUAUGAGUGUGAAUACAUCACUUUUAAAGUACUGUCCUGCUCACGGUACUGAAUUGUCACUUCUCUGUGAACUGUUGAUCAUUUGAAAUAAAGUCUGAAGUGAAGAUGUUCCCCAUCCUGUUUGGUGGAUUAAAAGUGAGCUGUGACCUGUGGUGCAUAGUAAAGUGGGUAACACAAGAAUGCCACCCACCUCCACCAAGUUAGGGCUGCAAAACCCAUGGCAUGUUAAUAUGUUUUUCUCUAGUUUCCUCGAAUACUGAAUACCAAAGGUGCAUUUGAACUCUUAUCCUAGACACGCACAUAACAGGCGCUUGUAAAUAACAUUAGACCCCUGUUGGUUACCUCACGUUAGACCCCUGUUGGUUACCUCCCGGUCCCCAGCCCGGGUGAGAGUAUGUGGGACUGAGACUCCGUGGACCGCAUCACCUUUGCAAAUCUCAAGCAGAAGGGAAGUACAGAAAAUUGGUGCUCCUCAACUUUAGAAUUAAGGGGUGAUUUCCCCAGGCAUGAAGACUACUAUGUCUUGUGUUUUGGAUACCUCUCUACUGGACAGAACAAGCACGUGGCAUCUUGUGGAAGAUGAUACAGUUGUGUGUGCAUCGCACACGUCACAUACGUCUGGGAAGGUUUUUCCAGCUAUCUUCAAAUUAAAAGAAUAAGUUUAAAUAACGUA